AUGGCAGUAUCCAGCCAGCACAGCGUUCCGGCCUCCCUUCUUGACUGGUCAGUUGGAAGUGAUUCUUGGUCAGAAAUGCAGCUCGGUAAUUCACUGAUCGAGCAGAUUGUCGAGUUCAACGUUAUAUUAUACAUGUUCGACCUUUAUAAACCCGCCACACCUAGAAAAUAUUCCUACCUCUGCGCCACUGGUCCUUGGCCCCCUAGCUUGGUCGAUCUGCAAGAGAUGAUAACUGUGUCUUGGGACAACAACGACAUGCAUGGAUGCCCAUUUCGAAGGCCAUGGCUGGUGGUAUGUAGCGGCAUGCUUCUAAUUGUUGACUACUACUUGAGCGUAACAUCAUCUGGAGCACUUGUCAACUACAAAGCCUACCUCCUGGACAUGUCCACUGAACCUGCAACUUGGCUGGAGGUGGUGAAGCUGGAGAAUGAUACCGUGUUUAUUGCGCGGGUGAUGGGAGGAGCCCGGCAACCGUGGGUCUUGCAUGGGCUGGGUGAUGAUGCAGAUGCCGUUUGGGAUGACUCCACUGACCCUGACCUUGAGUUUUGCAGGGGCUGGUACAGCGAGCUUCAGCCAUUCUGGGUGUACCCGAGCAUGUUCUACUCAGAUGGGUAG